ACAAAGAGUUUUUGCAAACUCUACGUUCUGUAAACUUAGUAAUGAUGGGAUGGUUGUCAAUAUAAGUAUCAUUGAUAGUACAUUUAAUGAGAACGGAACGAAUUAUUAUGUGAAAAUUGAUAAUAAUUUUGCCAAAACUCGUACUUAUAACGAACCUUUAAGGGGAAUUGAAAGUGAAGUUUGGUUUCUUGAAUCAGUCUAUAGAGCGAGUUCUUCAGAUACUGAUGCUACGGGUUUAGCAGUUCUCACUAUAGAUGCCUCCAAUAAUUUUUCUAUAAUCGAUCAGUCAAAAUACAUUGAUGCUCUAUUAGAUGAGAUUGCUGAUAAAGUACCAGUAAGGCGCGAGCGUUUAAGUUCGGAUAAGAAAUUCCAGCCUUUCGACGAAUUUGGUCAAAUCGCCAUUUCAAUCCGUAUAGAUUUGCCAAAUAAUACUGAAAAUACAGUUCCGGGUGUAUUUUCAAAUUUAAAUAAGAUGAUCCUUUACAAAAAUAUUACCACUUUUUGCACUGGUAUGACAAAUGAUUUAAACUCGACUUUUGGCUUUCGACCAGUAGUUAGCGGUGAUGAUAGUUACGGUAAAGUGAUGAUUAGCAAUGUUACCCCGCCCAUUAAUUCUAGUGUCGAUUCAUCAACGACCGAUAUACGCAUCAAGUUCUCUUCGCCCGUUUACUUAUCAACUGGAAACAUCACCAUCCACAAAGCCUCUGAUGACAGCAUUAGACAAAUAGUUUUUGCAAACAACUCUGAGUUCUGUACAAUUAGUUAUGAUGGGACGGUUGUCAGUAUAAGUAUCAUUAAUAGCACAUUUAAUGAAUACGGAGAGAAAUAUUAUGUGAAAAUUGGUAAUAAUUUUGCAAAAUCUAGAAUUUAUAAUAAUGAACUUUUAAUAGGAAUUGAAAGUGGAAUUUGGCUUCUUACAAGGAAAUCAGAAUCUAGGGUUAAUCACUCAGAUGAGAUCGUUACGGGUUUUAUCCAACUUACUCCA